GCAUUUGAGUUCAUUCUGCAUAAUGACGAAUAUAUCCAGUUCAAUAUUAAUUUUAAUCACUAUUUUAUUUAAAUCAUCGCUUGCAGAUGCUUUUGAUGGAAAAUCUCAAAAUGGUCUUCAUAUGAAAUUUAUACUACCAGAAAAUUCUAGAAGCGUUGGUGUUACCAGCGUAGCUCAAGUGACGUCACGAAAUGGCAAAGUGUCAUCCAUGGGUGGCAUACAAUAUUAUCCCCUUGCCGAACAAAACAAAGGAUCUAUAAAUAGUUUUGCUAAAGACAAUAAAAUUGUACCACGUGGCAUGUUUGUUACUACUUACAAAACUGGUUCUAACCCGCCAGUCACAAAAAUUUGGAGCUCAGAUUCUGAAAUGCCGAAUUUAAAUCCAUGGUUAUUCAAUCCUCCCAUAGUGUCUUUAAGGGGAAUGUUUCCCGAUUUCUUGGAAUUACAUAAUAUGGCAACACCUUGGCCCUUAAGGCAUAUUCGUAAAGCGCCAAACUAUAACUUAUGGAGGUAUCCCAUUUACGACCCUUUUAGGAAUAUUUGGUAAACUGUAUUGACUAGGUUUAGUAUCGUUAAGGUUUUUUAAUUGUUGACAUCAAAUGUACA